AUGGCAAGUCACCCCGUGCUUCUCGACGACCGAAACAUUUUGGUUAGUGGUUUAUCGCCCCACGUCACGAUCGAACAUCUUGGCGAAAUAUUCGCCUGCUUCGGAACCGUGAUCAAAGUUGCGCCAGUGAGGAUUCCGCGUCUAGUCGCCAUGGUAGUAACCAUGGCCUCGGCCGCAGAAGCGAAGGAAGCGGCCUUUUCCAUGGACAAAGGCCAAGUAGAUGGCAAGGUCUUGUGGGCAGCCUCUGUCUUCGGCAGCAGAGACCGAUGUAAGCGGCUGCUGUUCAAUGCGGAGCCUCCUCGAGAUGCUCCAGACUAG